CCGGUGCUGGCCAGGCUUGAUCUCCCAGCCGGCUCCACAGCACUCGACCCCGGCUCUCGGCCUCAACGGUACACCAUGAGUGGAAGCACCACUAGUCUGCUGCGGCGGCACUCGAUGUACGGCACAGAAGAUCGAAUCGUGCUGGAUCUGGGCUCUCGAUAUCUCAAGUGCGGCUUCUCGGGAGAAUCCAAGCCGAGACAUGUUCUGCCUGUUGCCAUUCCAGUCUUCUCUCAAGACGGCUCUCGGUCGGGAAAGAAGAUGGUGACGCUGUUUCAGCUCGAGAGCGACCCCGCAGUGCUCGAGUCCAUUCGAAAUGUCCUCUCGGACCUCUUUUACCAAACGUUUCAUCAAUACCUGCUGACAGAUCCCAAGCAAAGGAGUGUCAUCAUUUGCGAAAACUUGUUGAUGCCUAUUGCGAUUAAGAAAUUGAUCUGUGACGUGCUCUUCAACGAACUGGAGGUUCCAUCAAUAUCAUUUGUGCCGUCACACGUUCUUGCGCUCUUGGCUUGCGGAAAAACAACAGGACUGGUGGUGGAUAUUGGUCACCUGGAGCUUUCGGUACUCCCGAUAUACGAUGGACGGCCACUGCUCCGGCAAAUGAAAACACUUCCAAUUGCAGGCCACUCGGUCACAACAAGACUGAAACUACUACUCAAGAACCAUGGCAAGGUGCUGCAAGAUGGGGUGGACAUGGUCCCAAUCGAGGACAGCUUCGUAGAGAAACUGAGCAACGAGUUUUACGAGAAUUUGAAGGCGCAGGUCUGCUUUGUGGGAGCCUUUCCCACAUUUGAGGACGUGUCUUUUGAGAACCGCGAGGCAGCAUUUCCAUAUCGCGAGAAGCUCUACGAGUACACCGUCUACAAGAGCGAAACGCGGCCCGUCCAUGUCACCGUUGACUCGAACGACAAGCUCUGGGUGCCCGGCUGGGUGCGUGAGCGUAGCGCCGAAGUACUAUUUGAAGGUGACGACGACGGUGUGUCAGUUGCCAACGUGAUUCUGGAGGCCAUCAUACAGUGUCCCCGGGACAUUCGCAUGGACCUCUAUCGCAAUGUGCUCUUGAUUGGAGGAACCUCGAUGUUGCCAGGGUUCCAUCAACGAUUGCAGGAGCACAUCUACCGCCUACUGGAGGAAAGCCCACGUUACAAUUGGAAUCGCAGAUCACAGGCCAACUGGUCCAUCAUCAAAACGAUUUUCAAGGCCAACUGCCUGGCCUGGACAGGUGGAUCGCUGAUGGGCGUGAUGAAAUGGACAGGCCGAGGAGAGCUAAAGCGGGAGAACUAUGAAAGAAAUGGCGAGAUCCCCGAUUGGAGCUGUCUUUCAACCGAAGAAUAGCACGAGAGGCUUUGAAACGACAUGUUGGUUGGCGACAAGGUGGGCGUAUUGAAUUUAGGAUUUCAAGAUCACACUCUGAUUGUUUGCAAAGUAUGGUUGGCAUUUGGGGUUGGCUGUUGCCACAACGAAAGGGGGGGACAAACGAGG